AUGUCACUACACCACUUUAGGAAGUACAAAAGAAUGGAUUCUCUGUAUUCGCGCUGCAAGCCCACGGAAGAGCGAUGCAGCAGCAGCGAACUCAGCGCGCUGAUGCCACAGCCAGGGACCGUGCCCAACUACCAGUCCACGUCCAGUGUGAGUGAUCUUCCCGUGCCAGCGCCACCACCUCGACGAGCACUUCCACUGUCACCGCAACGACUCGACGGCCCCAGUGCAAGGCCUUUCCGGCCGCCGGUGCAGGCUGGACCAUCCGGAAAACAAGCUUCCCCUUCGCCGCAGCCAGCUUCCACGUCAACGACGAGUCCCAGCAGGCAGCCAGCGCAGCCUUGA